CUUGGGCAGGACCAGAUUGCAGCACUCCAUGUGCAGUUGCUGGAUGGUGGUGGAACCUGCCAGUUCCCCCAGGAACGUGAUGCCCAAGACCCUGGAGGGUCAGAUCACCAUGGAGAAGACCCCCAGCUACUUCGUGACCAACGAGGCCCCGCGGCGCAUCCACAGCAUGGCCAAGGACACCAAGCUGAUCGUGGUGGUGCGCAACCCCGUCACCAGGGCCAUCUCUGACUACACACAGACCCUCUCCAAAAAGCCAGAGAUCCCCACCUUCGAGGUGCUGGCCUUCAAGAACCGGACCCUGGGGCUGAUCGAUGCCUCCUGGAGUGCCAUCCGCAUUGGGAUUUAUGCCCUGCACCUGGAAAACUGGCUGCAGUACUUCCCCCUGUCCCAGAUCCUGUUUGUCAGUGGUGAGAGGCUCAUCACUGACCCAGCUGGGGAGAUGGCCAAGGUCCAGGACUUCUUAGGCCUCAAGAGGAUUGUGACGGAGAAGCAUUUUUAUUUUAAUAAAACAAAGGGCUUUCCCUGUCUAAAGAAGCCAGAGGACAGCAGUGCUCCCCGGUGUUUGGGCAAGUCCAAGGGUCGAACUCACCCCAAAAUAGACCCAGACGUCAUCCACAGACUGAGGAAGUUUUACAAACCCUUCAAUGUCAUGUUUUACCAAAUGACAGGCCAGGAUUUCCAGUGGGAGCAGGAAGAAAGUGAUAAGUAGAACCACAAAAUCAGGAAAAAAAAUCAUAUUUGUUUUUGGGAUGUGAAUCAUCAUUUGAGACCCAAAACUCUCUUGGGGCCAGGGGCUCAGCUCUGUGUGUUCCAGGCUCUUGUUCCAGGGCUGCAGCAGAAGUGGCCCCGUGUCCAGCUGUGAACUGUCGUGGCCUCGGGCUGUCCCCAGGGUGGCACUGGGGUCAGGGCAGGGGGAGGAGGAGGAGGCAGGGGAGCAGGGCUCCUCAGGGUCGUGGGGCACUCUGUGUCCACACGUGGCUGCUGGUGUCCCCUUGCAGCCAGGCAGGACCAGAGCUCCUGCCCGGCCAGAGCGGGGCUCCCAAAACCCAGCCCUGGGACAAACCCAUGGGUUGGAUUUCUCCUGCCCUGCACUUUAGUUCUGCCCAAGCAGCAGCAUCAGAUCUGGUAAAUUCAGGCCUUGUGCACUCAUGUGCACACUGGUCUUUGUGUGUGGAAGGAAUAAAGCCAGUUAUGCUGCAAAGGAACUACAUACAGGAACUUCAUUUGCACCAAACGUUUCGAUUACUUCUUGCACUAAAUCUAGAAUUUACCAAGUGCCACCUGGCCUCAGUUCUCCUCUGAGUGAUGGCUGCACCUCCACUGUUGGAAGAGAGUUGUUCCUUCUUUGCUGAGAUGCUCAGUGAGAUCAGAACUGGGGUGCCCCCGGGUCUCCACCCUCCUGGAAGCUGAAAGAACAUUCCCAGCUCCCCAGGAGUGAGCCAGGCUCCCCUGGCCAGCCAGGCUGGCAGGACAAGCAGCCCCUCCUGGCAGGGCUGUGCCGUGCCCUGCUCCGAGCUCUGAGCCAGGGGAGGCUGCAGGGCUCUGGCACUCUGCACCCCUGGCACUGCCCCUCGUUUGCACCUUGGAAAUGCAAUCCCUGCUGCUUGCUGUGGACAGCUGGGCUUGCAGGACAGGGGAGCAGCCUUCAUCUUACUUCAGAAUCACAAAAGAGCUGUUCAUUCCCAGGGCAAGCACUGCCCAGCACACAAAACCCUGCUUUCUGCUGGAAAUCACCAAAUUUGCAAAUCCUGGUAGAAACUGUAGGAUAAACCCAUAUCCUCACUCCAUCCCCCAGUGUCACAAAAGCUGUUUGCUGGGCCCAGCAGACAAGAGCAGUGCUCUCACACAACUGCACAGUUCCUCCAAACAGGCAGAGGGGGAAUGCAGAGGUGCAGAAAGGUCCCUGGCAUGGUGAUUUCCCAGGGCACUCGGACACUGCUGGCAGCUCUCCCUGCUCUGCUGAGGGCUGACCGCCUGCAGCUGGGGGUGCAGCCCCUGAGAGCCCCCUCCCAUCGGGAGGGUCCCAGCAGAGGUGCAGGUGGGGACCAGGGCUGGGUUCUGACUGAGAAGGAAGUCCCUGCAGCUGGAUGGAAUCUCUGCUGCAUUCCUGGGUGACAAGCUGGGCCUGCUCAGGGUCCCAGGGCUCAUGGAAUGGUGCCUUGGGUUGGGUGAGGAGAGCUGAAGCCAUUUGCACCAUUUCCUGCUGGCCCCUCGGGCAUCACUCAGCUCCCUCAGCCUGGGCAGAUUCAAAACAGCUCCUGGCAUUGCACAGUUUUCACAAACCCCAGCUCCCACAUUACUGCAGGAAAAUUGGAAAUAUGUAAGAACAAUCUUACGGUGUUUCACAUGUUAUUAAAGUGUCAGAGCAGGUCCUACAUGAAACCUGCUGUUCAUAAUUUGGUGCAAGAUGCUGAUGGAGGAGCAGGGGCUGCAGGCUGUGUCCCCCUCCCCAGAGGGAUGUCUGGGGGUCUCUGCCCGUCUGCAGGGCUGCACCAGCCUGGUGCUGGGCUGGGGACACGCUGUGCCCCUCUGCCUGCCCCCCACACUCACUCCCCUUGUUUCUGCCAUAUAUUCAGAGGUUUAUUUUUUAUACCAGACGCCAUCUCCAUCUCAGCAGGAGCUCUCCCCUGGGACAGGAGACCCUGCUCCAUGGACAGCAGCCCCUGCAGCCCCCAGGCUGUGCCCAGCGGUGGUGCUGCAGUGCUGGGAGGGAGCAGGGACACUCCAGUCGCCCUGGGGACUGGGCUGGGCUGGGGGUGGUGUUAUUCUGUUCUGUUCUUUGGAAAUGCCCCCCAUGUGUGUCCCACUGCAGCUGGGGCUGGAUAGGGGGGGUGUUUUCUAUCUGGCCAGAGAGAGGCCUGCCAAAUGAGAGUCAGGUUAAUAACACUUUUUUUAAAAAAAAUCCUAUUCAAAUGUCAGCAUUAGAAUACACAGGAAAUUGAAUUUUGUAUUUGGUUUCAAUUAGCAAAGCAUAAAUUAUAUUUAAUUUUAUACACAGACUGAGUGAUUCAUUGUUCUGGAAAAGCUGGUACUUUCUGGUUCAGAGACUGGAAAUGGAAGGUGGCUCUGUUCUGAACCUUUCUUGCUGUGCUGUCACUGCCUCCCCAGUGCGUCUCUGUCCGUCAGUGUCUCUGUGCCUGAGCGAUGUGACUGUCCUGAACUGAACCCUGGAACCCCAGCACUAAACAAUAAAUCAUUGUAGCAGCUGCA